CAACUCCACCCGGAUACCGACCCACGCCCCCGUCAAGUCCGAUCCGAGUGUUGACGAUCAUCUCCGAGCUUUUCUUAAACAUGUCAAUCAGGUACUGAACUCAAUUCUCGUGACAAAAUGAGCGACAGAGGUCUAUCGGAUGAGCUGGCGGCGGCGGCGUGCAAAGAUGGAGACCCUAUUACGAAGGAUUUCAUGAUGCAGCAGACGAUGCUGCGAGUGAAGGAUCCGAUUAAAUCCUUGGAUUUCUACACCAGGAUCCUUGGCAUGACUUUGCUGCAGAGGUUCGACUUCCCCUCCAUGCGCUUCUCCCUUUUCUUCCUGGGCUACGAAGACAAGAACGAGAUCCCCGGCGACGUGAAGGAGAGGACGUCGUGGACUUUCUCUCGCAGGGCCACCAUCGAGUUGACGCAUAACUGGGGUUCCGAGUCUGAUGAAAGCCAGUCGUACCACAACGGAAACUCGGAUCCACGUGGCUUUGGACACAUCGGUAUCGCGGUGCCGGACGUCAACAAGGCUUGCAAGCUGUUUGAAGAGCAAGGCGUCACCUUCGUCAAGAAACCUGACGACGGAAAAAUGAAAGGACUAGCCUUCAUCCAGGACCCCGAUGGCUACUGGAUCGAGAUCCUGAGUCCCAACAACAUGAUUUCUAUCACCUCUUAAAAAUGCUGCUCUAAAAUGGGACGUUUGGAUUUAAUACAUGAGCUUUUUGUUGUUGUUCUGAAAUAACUUUUCUUGAUAACUUAAUAAGUUUGUGUGAAAGUAAAUACAGAAUGCACGUUGUUUUAUGCUGCUCUAGGUAAUAAAUGUGAGAGCUGGUGUUCAAAUGCAAGUGAGAACAUUUUCCUCUGGUGCUUUUCAAAAUAAACUGACAACUCGUU